ACCACCACCUUUGUUUUCAUAAUCUUAAAGCAGACAUGUUCAGACUUCGAAAACGAAAAUAUUUAAGAACGAAUCACGGACCUGCAAAAUGAAAUCAUUCUGAACCUGUGCCGACAAAGGACGUGAAGGCGGAAAGCGCCCGAGCAAGGAAACAACAUGCUGGGAGACAUGAAACUUUACUCAGCAGCUUUUUCACUUAUAGCGCUGUUGUCAAUCUCAGAUACUAAGGCCAUAAUUCCUGAGAUGAAAGCAGUCCACGCUAAUGUAGUAGCAAGACAAGGUUCUAAUGUCACCUUAAAAUGUCGCGGUCGUGAAGUACACGAGGUCGAUACUGAGGUGCAGUGGAAGUUUAACGGCCAAAUUAUCAAAGAAGAUACCAACAAGAAUGUUACAGUGAAGUAUCACUGGCGAAAAGAAGUUAGAAAAGGGACUUUUUCCCUGCAGAUUACAAGUGUUUCAGAAAAAGAUGUUGGUAAAUACGCCUGUAAGGCCAGUGUAAGUGACUUUGGAAAGGCAAACGUUGGUGAAGAUUUCAUAGAAUUGUCGCUUUACAGGAAGGUGCUGAACGUUACGACCACGCAACAAAACAUCACGUUACAUGAAGGAGGCUCAAUAACUCUUCAGUGUCAAGUAAACUUUACGGAAGGUGACGACGUCUGGACAUUUUGGCUUUUUAACGGACGGCUAAUGGAAACUAUGCUCGUACAAAAAGCACGUGGUAACAAAGCAUUAAGUAACACAGUUAAAGAACAUAGCUUGCCAUUGACACUGAAACAUGUGGGACUCGCCCAAAGUGGAACAUACACUUGUGGCGCCAAUUCCACUACCAUUAUAAGUGCACAGAACAUAUCAGUAAGCGUGCAUGACGUACCUGGUCCAAAACUGAACCAAUCUCUCUCGACUGUCGAAAUUACAAACGGGAGAAACAGGACGAUAAGUUGUAUUGCAGUUUACCCCGAAGCAUCGUAUGUCGACACCUUUUGGCUUUUUAAUGGAAGUCGAAAACAAACCAACAGCAAGUAUGAAGUAAACGAUGAGUGGCUUGGUCGCAGUGAACGAUCUAUUAAUACGAAAAAGAUCAGUUUAACUAUAUAUAAUGCUGAAUUGAAUGACAGUGGACAAUAUUCUUGCGUUCUUAACACUUCACAUGGCUUGAGACUGAAAAACUUCAGGGUUCAUGUCGUUGCUGAUGCCAAUGAGGACAAGUCCACAACUGGCAAACCAAGUUCUCCCCAUUGGAUUAGACCAACAAGAUCACAGACCACCCACUUCGUCGGAGAGCCAUCUCCUUCAUCAAACGCAAUGGCCGAUGUGGAUCUAUUGAGAACGAUGCUGUUUAUUGCUCUGGGAUUGCUGGCUGGACUGGUAGCGAUGGCAGUUAUUAUAACGCUCUGGCGUAGAAGAAAGCGUCAGCCGCCUGGUUCAUUGAGACUUCCCCCGGAUAUGGACGAAAAUGACUUUAAGUACGACGUAUUUGUUACGUACAGUAGAAAAGAUUUCCCCUGGGUGGACGGAGAACUGUUGCGUUUGCUGCGUGAAAACCAAGUCAAUUACUGCGUUGACCAUGUGCACUUUGAGCUAGGGAAGGCGUUCGUGGAAAGCAUGGUAGAAAGUGUGUACCAGAGCCGCAAAGUGUUGGCAGUGUGGUCCGGAAGUUACGCAUCUAGCAAAUACUGCAAGCAAGAGCUUGACUAUGCCAUACAGCGCAGCUUUCAGAACAGUGACUGUUCAGUGAUUGUCAUCAGACUUGACAGAACGGACCGCAAACAGUUACCCAAACCCCUACGAGCAAGAACGUUUCUCGAUUACUCUGACAGCGUGGAGAGGAAAGGAUGGGAAAAAAGGCUCAUCAAACAUUUAAAAGGGCCAGAUCAGAAGAACCAUGCAAUAGCAACUAUUGUUUGACCUGAGCUAUAUACUUUGCUCGGGAAAUUAUAUGUGGGCUAAAUGAAGAACUUCCUGUCCAGGUUCUGUCCGCACUCAGCCCACUCAGCGGUCAAACCCAAAUAAUCAGUUCACCUGCGGUUUAAAUUAUAUGAAAGUUUGUAAACUACUGUAAACGAUAAUGAUAGUCCUAGGCUGUUCACGUACUCUCUUAUUUCAAUCGCAAUUUACAGAUUUCAGCGACCGGAAUCGACCCGAAUUGGCAGGAGUAACUGGAAUGGACCGGAAAAGACCAGAAAUACACCGGAAUGGAUCGAGAUAGACGGGAAUGGUACAAAAACUGGACCGUAAUAAGACUGGAAUGACCUGCUAUUCAGUAUUCUGGUCUAUCCGGUCCGUUCCGGUUUGUUUCAGUUUAUUUCGACUACGAUAGCUUUCGCAUUUGUUUACGUUUUUGAGCGAUUCUUUUUGUCCAGUCAAUGAUCAAUCAAUCAAUCAAUCAAUCAAUAUAUUUAACGAGGUCGGCAUGCUUAGCUAAAAAGCUAGUUUACAGGUACGCCACGAAAAAAACAGAAAAAAUAAAUUAUCGAAGAAAACAAUCAAGGAAAUAUAUAACACUAACUUAAACAAAUAUACGUAACAAAAAUCUUAGCCUCGUGGUUGUUUCUAUAAAUAAAGGAGUUGCCUGUUA